AUGGCGGCUGCUCGGGGCGGAAACGUCGCUAUGACAAUCCGAGCAGCCCACAACACCUUCACAGUGGUCGAAGUCGCGGACCCCAACGAGGCGCGAUUGUUCAAGGAGCAGGCGGAGCGCUCGGGGCUAAGGGUCGAGGAGGAUCAGCGGCGCUACCCAGGACCGAGCUCCGCCACGCAGACGCAGCCGCUAGCCGAGGAAACGCCAUGGGGGAUCGAGCGUGUGUACAACGGAGCGGUGCCGAACGCCUCCUUCUUCCCGUCGGCGGUGACGCAUCCGCUCUGCAUCAUCGACUCUGGCUACCUGCUCACACACCCUGACCUUCCCUCUGACGGCACCGCGGCGGACCCGCUCCAAGCUGACCCAGCCGGCACGAUGUACUUCGGCGGCGACCUCUGCGACCACGGCACGCAUGUCCUCCACUGA